AUGAAGUAUUUAAACUACUAUUUUAUAAAAUGAUAGUGCCAUUAUUUAAAAUUCCUAUUUAGCUUCCAAUCACUGUAGUAGAAAUUAAUUAAAGCUAAGUAUUAGUAUAAACAAAGAAAGUGUAAUUAGAAACUUGAAAAAAAGUACUAAAACGAGUAGGCUAAGAUAAGUAGAUAAAUUAAUUUUGCAAUAGAUAAUCUUCAAUAGACUCAAAAUUGACAUUGAAAAUACUUAUCAUUCCUGGUAGUAUAUUUACAUUAUUAGUACAAGUUGAAGUAGUCAUCAAAAAUGAUGAUGAUUAAAAUGUCACAGAAUUAUUAAAUACAAAUAGAAUCUUAUUAGAUGUAACAUUCAAUCCCAUUAUGGUAUAAUUUUGAGUACUAUUAAGAAAGAA